AUGAGCAAUCUAGAUAUUAAUAGAACUCAGGAUUAACCUGGAACCACAUAAAUUACUGCCAAGAGUUUCCUCUAGUAGAAUGUAUUCCCUAAAUUAGAGCAAUCUAUAGAGUUACUACUUGAAACAAUUUAAAGAAAUGGGGAAUUUGAUAAGUAUGUGGAGAAACUUGCUGAAAAGUAGGAUGCACUUCAAAAGGAGAUGAGGAGAAGAGAAAGAGACAGGAAAAAGCUUGAAAUGGGGGAAGAAUAUGAGUCUAGUGAGCAAUCUAGAUUUGAUAAUAGUGAUGACAGUAGCGGAUUUAACAGUAGUGAUGAUUCAGAUUAUGAUAGUGAGGGAGUAAGUGAGGAGUACGAUCCUGAUGAAUAGGACUCAGAAAAUCAGUCUGAAAUGAAUAUAGAUUCUAGUCCAAGUCCGAGUCCCAAAAAAAAGCGAAGAAGAAAUAGAGAAAGAGAAUCUACAAUAUAUGAAAUUGAAGAAUAGUUCAACGCUUUAAGAUUCUUAGGACUCACCCUAAAGGAGCUUAAUGAGGGAAAGCAAACCAGAUUUAACACUAAUUAGACUAACAUGCAAAGUUCUGUUAAUUGA